AUGCAAGGCUUCAACAUGGGACGCUACGUCCCGCCAGACCAAGAAGGCACAACAACCGGCAACAAACUCAACCGCAAACACCCCCUCGGCGCUCGCGCCGCCAAACCCGGCAUCCUCGUCGUCCGCUUCGAAAUGCCCUUCGCCAUCUGGUGCGCCACCUGUCCCAAACCCACAAUCAUAGGCCAAGGCGUCCGCUUCAACGCCGAGAAGAAGCGCGUCGGGUCCUACUUCACGUCUGCGAUAUGGCAAUUUCGCAUGAAGCACGCCGACUGCGGCGGGUGGAUUGAGAUUCACACGGAUCCCAAGAAUACUGCGUAUGUUGUCGUCUCGGGCGCGAAGAAGAGGGAUACGGGCGAGGAGGGAAGAACACCGCAGGAAGGGGAGAUGCCUGCCAUCCUCACGGAAGAGGAACGUGAGAAGCUUAGGAGCAACGCUUUUGCCUCGCUCGAAAAAACAAUCGAGGACAGACAACAGCUCGCGCAGGCGACGGAACGCAUCGACGAGUUGCAGGAUGCUGCGAGCCGGGCUUGGGAUGAUCCGUAUACCCGCAAUAAGGCCCUCCGCGCGACGUUCCGCGAGGGAAGGCACCAGCGUGAAAAGGACGCUGCUGUAGGCGAAGCCCUGAAAGAAAAGAUGAGUUUGGGGAUCGAGCUGGUGCCGGAGACGGAGGAGGAUGUGCGCCGGGCGAGGUUGGUUGAUUUCGGGGGUGUGGGGGAGGGAGUUGACGAGGCGGGAGUGAAGGCUUUUAAGAAGCCUCUUUUCGUGUCGUCUUCUUCGUCUUUGUCUGCGCCUUCUGCUUCGGUGAAGGAUGGCAAAGCUAAAAAGUCAACGAGGACGACGACUGGUAAGGCGGUGCUACUGCCCAAGGGAACGCCCAAGGCCGAGGUCCUCGCUUCCAAGAGGAGGGAUACCAUCGUCUCCGAGAUUGUCGGGAACACGCGCAUGGCGAGGGAUCCGUUCCUGGUCGAGAGCAAGGCGGAGAGGUCGUCGGCGCUGAGGAUCCCCGGGUUAAAGAGGAGGCGUGAUGAGGAUGGUGUGCAAAAACAGGAGUUGCUCAAGGCCACGGAGCCCGGGCAGAGCACGCCAUCGUCAAAGUCCCUCGUGGCCUACGAUUCAGACUCGGAUUGA